AUAAUUAUGAAUCUGGUGCUAAUUUCCAGCUCGGAAAGAAGAUCAAACGGAGCCGGAUGUAGUAGACCACCUGAAGCUAAUUGAAGAAUUUACUAGGAACCCAAAUGCUUCAUUUCGCUACAUGAUUUAUGCAGUGGAACGCUCCUCUAAGUACUUCACUCCUUACGCAUUAAAAAUAGUUCCCUACAAACAAGUGGAUGGAGCUUACAUUACUAUUAGUGGGAGUGGUGUGACCCACUAUAGUCCUGGAGAAGCGAGUUUCACGUCGCUCUCUGAGUGGGCAAGUGAAUACACCUUUUAUUUGGAGCUUAUGAAACUAAAGACCUUCCGGUUAUUUUCAACAUGGAAAGCGUUUUACGUUUGGCGGAAAAUGGUCCGGAUAAAAAAAUUUAACAGUGCAAAAAAUUUUAUUGCCAAUCACUUAUUUAUCUGCAAUAAUACCCUCGGAAAAGCUCUGCUGGACAUCAAAAAGGAGACUUACAACUUUCAUGACACCUCAUUUGUGGACACUACGGUUGUAGAAAAAAUUACGCUCUUUUAUUUCGUCGAACUGCAGUUAAAACAAUUAGAAACUAGCGUAGUUAAAUUGAACGGACUGAGAAAUCUUAUAAUAGAUAUAAGUUAUGACGCUUGCAAUCGAUCGCUCAAUGAAGUUGGGUAUACAAUAGACGAUUCUAAUAUUACAAUCGCUCAAACGGCGUACGGUAAAUUUGGAACAAACGCCUCGAAAAUUUAUAUUAAAAAUUCAAGUGAGUUGAAGAUGAGCUUUAUUGAACAAACUAGAAAAAGAGAACACUGUAAAUGGCUUUCAAGCUUCAUUCACUUAAUCGACUAUACCGUUACAAGCUUGCUGCGUAACGUGUUGGAAAAUACUUAUAUUGAUCUGCUGAAACUGCUGAGAAUAUACACAAAUAUACUUCCUAAUGAAAUACAGUUUUCAAAUGUACAAAUUAAUGUCAAUAGAGAAAAUGUUAAUCAUUUUCAGUCGCCCUUCAAAAAUCCAUACUGGGUAGUUGAUAUCGUAUUGAAUGACGAAGAAAUUAAAAUGGACCCGUCGGAAGAUGUCUUUCGGUUUGUAAUCGAACGGAUGCAAUCAAUAUGGAGAGAGAAUCUUGAUAUUAAGCCUCUUUUAACAGAUCCGCGUUUUGAAUCUUUCACAAAACCAAUAAUUAAUCGUAAAAAAGAAAACUAUUAUUUUGGCGGCAAGCCACCAUCAAUAUCCGGAAUUCUCCCGACGGAUACGACGAUAAAAACCCUUACUCGAGAGUUGGAAGACCUAUUGGAGUUAAACAUUAUAGCAGUGCGUCGUUACUGCGAGAGAUUUGCUGACGUCGAAGAGUUUUACAGAGAGGAUAAAAAUUUAAACGAAAACAUUAUCCUGAACAACACCAGCUGCGAACUUUUCCGCGAGUGGUGUGAGCGUUACAAAAACGAGGAGGAAGUUAUUUUAAACAUCACUGAUUUUCAGCCCGUCAGGAUAUUUUAUUUGCAGCUUAACCGCUUUAAAGAGAAAGCGCUGUUGGCUCCUACAGAAAAAAUGAAGCUAUUGGAAAAAAUAAUGCCCGAAAUUGGAAAAAGCAAAGUUAAACUUUUGGAGUCUAAAGCUUUUGAAGCGUUGAAUUAUCUGGAGAACGAACCGACGAGCGCCGAAGAAUUUGUCGACUACAUUAAUUUUGUAGAUCACGCGCAGCAGAAAGUUGACGACAUGGAAACAGAGAUGAAUUAUAUCAAAGACUUGUACGACAUUAUUGAAGACUUUGAUGUUCCCGUUUCUAUUGAAGACACGACACAAUACAUGGGUUUGAGCAUGCAAUUGACGAGCUUGCGAUUAUCGAUUGAUACGCGUCUCGAGGAACGCGAGAAAUUGAUCAGAGGAUUUAAUGAAAAAAUAGAGGAAGAUAUUCAGAGUUUGGUUGAUGGAAUUUCGGGUAUUAGUGAACAAGCGACGGAGCCUUGGUUGCUGAGUGGAUCCAGCGAAGCAAAUAUUUGUAUCGAGACGUUGAAAAGACUAACAAAAAGCCUGGAAGAUUCGAUAGAAACCGCAAAAAAAUAUCAGAUGUACCAACGUAACUUAAAGCUCGAGAUAACGCGACUCGAUAUUUUAGAUCAAGUGACGAAUCAAUUGCGGCUGAGAUCGCUUCUUUGGGAGAGCAAAGUUUCGUGGUCAGAAGCUCUGGAAAAUUGGUACCACUCAGAUUUCUCCAGCUUGGACGUGGAAGAGAUGAAUAACUUGGUAAUGCGCUACACGAAGAACGUAACUCAGCUGGAGAAGGGUCUAGAGGAAAACGACAUUCUGCCGACGAUCAAAAGCCAGGUCCAAGAGAUGCGCGAGAAACUGCCGACAAUCGGUUACCUGAAGAACCAAAACUUGAAGAAGCGCCACUGGAUGAAAAUAGAAUCGCUGAUGGCUGGAAAGAAGCUGGAAGCCGACGAAAAGUUGACGCUUAAGGUGAUCCAAGAGCUCGGGGUUUUUGAUCACGAGCGGGAAUUGAUGGAAAUCGCGGCUGCUGCGAGCGCAGAGGCAGCCCUUGAAAAUAUGUUGAACAAAAUUCAGGACACAUGGAAGCACCUGGAGUUCAUUGUUCUCGGGCAUAAAGACUCGAGCGAUGUAUUUGUGCUGGGAAGUCUUGAGGAGAUUCAAGCUGCACUCGACGAAAGUAAUAUUGCUGUUCAAACUAUUGCAGCUUCCCGGCACGUCGCUCCUAUUAAAGCGAGGCUUGAUGAGUGGAUUAAACAGCUAAACCUUUUUUCAACCACUCUGGAAUCUUGGCAAUAUUGUCAACAACAGUGGCUGUAUCUUCAGGCAAUUUUCUCGGCUCCGGAUAUUCAACGACAACUUCCGGUAGAAGCUAAACUAUUUAUCCAAGUUGACAAAUCUUGGAAAGAUAUAAUGAGAAGAGUUGCUAAAAUGCCUUUAGCGAUGGUAUUUGCCACUCAGCCGGGACUUUUAGAACAAUUUGAAGAUAAUAAUAAAAGUUUAGAUGAAAUUACGAAAUGUCUUGAGGCGUAUCUUGAUACAAAGCGUCUAGCUUUUCCUCGUUUUUUCUUUUUAUCGAAUGAUGAACUGCUUGAAAUUCUUGCUCAAACACGGAACCCUCAUGCGGUUCAAAGGCAUCUUCAAAAAUGCUUCGACGCUAUUUACCGCUUGGAAUUCGCCUCCGCGGACCCGGAAGGAACGUCAAGGGCUAGAAAAAGUUCCGCGAUAUUAACUACGGAGAUACUGGCUAUGAUUUCACCUGAAGGGGAGAAAGUGAGCCUUGGAAAAGGGCUGAAAGCUCGGGGAAAUGUCGAAGAUUGGCUUGGAAAGGUUGAAGAGUCAAUGUUCACUUCACUGCGUAGGAGAAUGAAAUUCGCUAUUGCUGAUUUUGAGAAACGUACUCGACGUGAUUUUAUUCACUCCCAUCCCUCUCAAAUAGUACUAACUGUUUCGCAGAUCAGUUGGACUAAAAAUGUUCAUUAUAUUCUUGAAAUCGUCGAUGACGUCGGAAAAGCCAUCAAAGCCUUCGAGCAGAAAUCUUUCUUAGAUUUAAAUGAGCUUGCAAGUAUGGUUAGAAAUGAAUUACCCAAACUAAUAAGAGAUAUUGUCAUCAAUCUUAUCACAAUUGACGUCCAUGCAAGAGAUAUUAUAACUUCGUUAGUAGAAAACAAUGUAACUUCCAGUUCAAAUUUCGAAUGGACGAAGAAUUUGCGGUAUUACUGGGAUCAAGAGUUGGAUAAUUGCAUCACUCGUAUGAGCACCACGGAAUAUUCAUACGGUUAUGAGUAUCUAGGCGCACAGAAGAGACUCGUCAUCACUCCUCUGACAGAUAAAUGUUAUUUAUGUCUCAUGGGCGCGCUGCAACUCAAUCUAGGCGGAGCCCCAGCUGGCCCUGCAGGAACCGGUAAAACUGAAACUACUAAAGAUUUAGCCAAGGCUUUGGCGAUUCAGUGCGUUGUUUUUAAUUGCUCAGAAGGUUUGGACUUCAGGAUGAUGGGAAGAUUUUUUUCCGGUCUCGCAACCUCUGGGGCUUGGUGCUGCUUCGAUGAAUUCAAUCGAAUCGAUAUCGAAGUACUUUCCGUGAUUGCUCAGCAAUUAAUUACUAUCAGAAAUGCCAAAGUUGCUCGGGCUAAUGAAUUCUUGUUCGAAGGCCGCAAUCUCAAAUUAGUCAUGUCUUGCGCUACUUUUAUUACUAUGAAUCCGGGUUAUGCGGGACGUACAGAAUUGCCAGACAACCUCAAGUCUCUGUUUCGACCCAUCGCUAUGAUGGUUCCCGAUUACAAACUUAUCGCUGAAGUAAUUUUAUACUCGGAGGGCUUCGAGUCUUCGAAGCAAUUGUCAAAGAAAAUGACCCUAAUGUACACAUUGUGCAGCGAACAAUUGUCUCAGCAAGAUCACUACGACUUUGGAAUGAGGGCAGUAAAAUCGGUUUUAGUAAUGGCCGGAAGUCUUAAACGUGAAAACCCGGAUAAAAGCGAAGAACUUGUACUGAUAAAAGCUCUGCGUGACAGUAAUUUGCCGAAAUUUUUGGCUGAUGACAAGCUAUUAUUUCUUGCUAUUCUAGCAGAUCUUUUUCCGGGCGUUGAGAUACCCGAGGAUCAUUACGGAGUUUUUCAAGAUACUAUUAUUGAUAUUUUAGAGACAGCUAAUUUACAGCCUGAAGAAUCUUCGAUUAACAAGACAAUUCAAUUACACGAAACAAUUCGUGUGAGACAUGGUGUAAUGCUUGUUGGACCAACUGGUGGAGGAAAAACAACUAUUUUAAGAACGCUGAGUGAAACCUACACAAGCCUGGCAGAAAAACAAGUUCCGGGCCAAUUAAAUAGACGAGUUAAUAUGUACACUCUGAACCCUAAAGCAAUAACGAUGAGCGAAUUGUACGGUGAAGUGGAUAUUUACUCCAACGAGUGGCACGACGGUCUUCUCGGUGCAAUAAUCCGCAAAGCGUGUUCAUCCGAGGCAGAUGACCACCAGUGGGUAGUCUGUGACGGCCCCGUAGAUGCUUUGUGGAUCGAAAACAUGAACACCGUCCUCGACGACAACAAAAUGCUCUGUCUCGCAAACUCCGAGCGCAUCAAAUUCACCCCAUAUGUCCGCAUGAUAUUCGAAGUGAUGGAUCUGUGUCAAGCUUCGCCGGCUACAGUCAGCCGUUGCGGAAUGGUCUAUGUCGACCCUCUUGAGCUCGGCUGGAUGCCUUAUGUCAAGACUUGGUUAAUUGGAUUCAAGAGUAAAUUCAAGGAGUCACCCUCGCUGGGUAAUGCGAUAGCUGGGAUUGUUUUAGACCUAUUCGAUCGAUAUGUCGAUAAUGGGUUAGCUUUCUUUAAGAAAAAUUGUGACUCGGCCAUUGCUCAGGUUGACAUAAGUAAAGUGAAUACAGUCUGCACUCUUCUGGAAAGUAUUCUCCUGGAGUCAGACACCGUGAACAAAAUAGUUGAUAAAUCACGACUAACGACGUUUGUCACCCAGUCUUUCGUAUUCUCAUAUAUCUGGGGUAUCGGAGGCAAUGUUAUUGAUUCGUCGCGCGAGGCUUUCGAGCUUUUUGUCACCCACCAACUGGAAGGAAAUUCAAGCACAAGACUGCCUGUAGCAGGAGAACUUUGGAAUCUCUGGAUGAACACAGACAAACAACGUAUGGACAUAUGGCUGAAGAUGAUACCCGCGUUUACUUACGACCCUCAAGUGCCUUUUUUUGACAUUCUUGUACCUACAAUCGACACAGUGCGCUUUGAAUUCAUCGUUAAGAAAAUAAUAAACGCGAACAAGCCCGUGUUUAUCACAGGCGCAACUGGUGUCGGAAAAUCGGUAAUAAUGAAAGGCGUGCUAAAGAGUCUACGUGAAUCGGAGCAAUGGCUGCCAAUAACGCUAAAUUUUUCCGGUCAGACGACGAGUAAACAGACGCAAGACAUUUUGGAGCUAAAAAUGGAGAAAAAGACGCGAUUUUGCCUCGGCGGCCCCGUGGGUAAGCGUGUGUGUGUCUUUGUAGACGAUGUUAACAUGCCACGGCUAGAUACUUACGGCUCUCAGCCGCCUGUCGAACUUCUGAGACAAGUCUUAGACUUCAGUGGCUUCUACGACCGUAAAAAACUUAUUUGGAAGUCUAUUGAAGACGUGGUAUUAACGGCAGCUUGCGCGCCCCCCGGAGGCGGACGAAAUCCUCUUAGCCAACGAUUUAUCCGGCACUUUGCUAUGCUUAUGAUCCCCAUACCUACUGAGGCUUCUUUGCAAACGAUUUUCAGAGCGAUCGUGAGGGGCUUUUUGAGUCACAAAUUGUUCCCUCAAUCGGUUGUCAAUAUCGCGGACGCAAUAGUAACCGCAGCGGUGGAAAUCUACGACCGCAUCGCGACUGAUUUACUGCCUACUCCGGCGAAAAGCCAUUAUAUUUUUAAUCUCAGGGAUUUGUCGAAGUGUGUGCAAGGGAUGAUGCAGUCCGACCCGGUGUCCAUUCGCGAUGCCAGACAAAUGACGAGACUCUUUUAUCACGAAUGCUUAAGGGUCUUUCACGACCGUCUGGUUGAUAAUAUCGACAAAAGUUACUUUUACAGAUUGCUCAGUGAAACAUGCUCGGGUUUUUUUCCCGAUCAAGUUGUUGCUUUGCCUGAAAAUACUUCUGAUGCUAUCGAUACGCCGUCGGAGCUUUUCUUUGGAGACUUUAUGAAAUUCGGGACCCCCAGGGAGCUUAGGAUCUACGAAGAAGUUACUGAUGUUGAAAAAAUCAAGUCUGUUCUUCAGGAUUAUCUAGACGAUUAUUGUCUCGCAACAAAGAAAGACUUGAAGCUUAUAUUUUUUUUCCACGCCAUCGAACACUUGUGCAGAAUAGCGAGAAUCUUGAGAUCAGAACGGGGCCAUGGAUUACUUGUAGGUGUAGGUGGCAUGGGUAAACAGAGCUUGAGUAAAUUAGCAUCUCAUCUCAAUGGAUAUCCAUGUUGGCAAAUUGAAAUAAGUCGUGGAUAUGAUAUAAAUUCUUGGCAUACAGAUCUACGUAAUUUUUAUUCAAAGCCCGGAGCUUUAGCCGAAGACGCGACGUUUCUCUUUACAGACACUCAGAUUGUUAUGGAAGAAUUUCUUGAAGAUAUUAACAAUACACUGAAUUCUGGCGAAGUGCCAAAUUUAUUCGAGGCUGAUGAGCUAGAGAAAAUAAUAAUCUUGACGAGACCCGCAGCCAAAGAAGCGGGAUUAUCUGAAGAAAACCGUGACGAAAUUUACAAUCUGUUUGUUAGCCGGGUGAGGAUUCAUCUCCACAUCGUGCUUUGCAUGAGUCCUGCUGGUGACGCAUUUCGACGUCGCUGUCGCAUGUUUCCUUCAUUGGUCAAUUGCUGCACGAUCGACUGGUUCACCAAGUGGCCCGACGAAGCCCUUCUCUCGGUCGCUAAAAUUUCCAUCGUUCCAGACAUCACCCAAGAUCUCAAGCUAGCUUCUUCCCUGGCUUCCAUUUGUAUGCUGAUGCACCAAACGACUGAUAAAAUGACAGAGAGAUAUUUAACUGAAAUGCGACGUCGAUAUUAUACAACACCGAGUAGUUAUCUUGAAUUAUUGACAUUAUAUUCAACUACUCUAAAGCGAAAGACAGAUGAAAUAAUGUCAUUGAAAAAUAAAAUUGAAAAUGGCUUAAAUAAAUUAUAUGAAACCAAAGACACAGUAGAUGUGAUGAAGAAUGAAAUAAUAAUAUUAACACCGCAAUUGAAAACAAGCCGCGAAGAAGUGGAAAAACUUAUGGAAGUCGUGACAAAACAAAAAAUUGAGUGCGAUACAGUCCGAAGUGUCGUAGAAGCGGAUGAGGCUACUGCUAAAAUAAAAGCCGACGAAAUGGCAGUUUUAGAAAUCGAGGCACGCAAAGACCUGGAGGCUGCGAUGCCAGCUCUGGAGGAGGCGCAAAAAGCUCUUCAGUCGCUCAACAAAAGCGACAUUAACGAAAUUAAAGUUUUUAAUAAGCCUCCGCAUCUCGUGCGUUACGUAAUGGAGGCAGUUUGCUUGCUUUUAGGCGAAAAAACGGACUGGCCGACUGCGAAGCUUAUACUCUCGGACGUGCACUUUCUUGAUCGAUUGAUCAACUAUCCCAAGGAUGACAUAAAUGAUAAAUUGCUUAAAAAAUUGGAAAGCUAUUUGAAGAAUCCCGAGUUUGUUCCGGAUCUUGUUGCUAAGCAAAGUAAAGUUUGCAAGUCAAUUUGCAUUUGGGUAAGAGCUAUUGACGGAUAUGCUAAAGUGUUUCGUGUUGUCGAGCCGAAACGUCUCAAAUUGCAACAAGCACAAGAAGAGCUACAGACACUUAAAGAACUAGUAGCGGAGAAGCAAAAACAAUUAAGUGUGGUUGUUAAGAAAAUAGAAAAACUCGAGAAACAAUACAACCUGGCAGUUAAGCGUCUAGAUCAAUUAGAGUCUACGAUUGCGUUGAAUGAGUCUCGAUUAAACAGAUCUGGGCGCUUAAUCGCGGCAUUAUCUGACGGACAAGAAUUAUGGCAAGACAUGACACGAGGGUUUCACUCGAAAAUAAAUAACCUGACGGGUGAUUGCCUUAUUAUCGCAGGCGCGCUGGCUUAUUUCGGGGCUUUCACUCAGAUUUAUCGACAGGAAUUGCUGCGAGUUUGGUUGACGGCGAUUGACACUCACAAAAUAAAUAUUACGGAUAAUUUCAGUCUUGUCAAAAGUUUAAUUAGUCCGUACAAAAUUUGCACGUGGAAUGUUUUCGGGCUACCGAAAGACAACGUGAGCACUGAAAACGCGCUGCUGGUGACUCAAGCGCGACGUUGGCCGCUUUUGAUUGAUCCACAGGAGCAGGGCUACCGGUGGAUUAGAAAUAUGGAAGCGGAGAAUAAUAUCAAGAUAAGUGAAAUGAAUAAUCCAAAUUUGAUGAGGAUUAUUGAAAAUUGUAUUAGACUUGGGCUGCCAGUUAUGAUUUAUAAUGUAGGAGAAAUUCUUGAUCCUAGUUUAGAACCUAUUUUACUUCAGCAAAUAUUUAUGCAGGAAGGAAGAAUGAUUAUGAGAAUAAAUAACACUGAUAUAGAAUACGAAAAAGGAUUCAAGCUGUACAUGACCACAAAGCUUUCAAAUCCUCAUUAUUUACCAGAAGUUUGUAUCAAAGUAACAAUUGUUAACUUUACUGUUACACCAUCUGGUCUUGAAGAUCAAUUACUCGGAGAAGUUGUGAAACUUGAGAGGCCGGAUUUAGAGAAACAGCGGGAAGAAUUAGUCGAGAAGAUAAAUCACGACGGAAUACAGUUGGAAAAAAUAGAAGAAAAAAUUCUGUCGAUGUUAUCCAGCCCGGGUAAUAUUUUGGACAAUGAGGAGUUAGUCGAGAGCUUGAAUAAUAGCAAAGAGACAUCCGCGAUUAUAACUGCUCGGCUUGUUGAGUCUGAAAAAACAGAGGCUAAGAUAAUAAUAGCGCGUGACAAAUAUCGCUCAGUAGCUACUCUAGGAUUUAUUUUAUUUUUUGUCAUUGCUAGUCUUGCAGAAAUAGAUCCUAUGUAUCAAUUCUCGCUAAAAUAUUUCAAACAAGUAUUUAAUCAUGCGAUCGAGAUAAGCGAAAAAAAUCCAGACAUUGAAAAACGUUUGAGUAUCCUCAAUGAAAAAAUAACUUUGGCAAUUUAUUUAAACGUCUCUCGAGGACUUUUUGAGAGACAUAAAAUUAUUUUAGCUUUCAUGAUUGACAUUGCAAUUCGUAUCAAUAAUAAAACAGUUACUCAAAGUCAGUGGAAUUUUAUUUUGCGCGGACCAGGGUCUAUCGAAUUGAGGAAAAAACCAGAAAAUAUAAGUGACUUAGUGUGGAAAUCAAUAAAUUAUCUCGAUAAAAACUUUUCAGUUUUCAAUGGAAUAAUAGACGAUGCAUUUAGAAAAAUAAAACUUACUCUCGGAUACAUUGAAGAAGAAAUAAAUUUAGAGAGAAAUAAUAAUAUAGAACCGAUAAAAGAUUGGAAUAUCUUGCUGAGCGAUAUUGAAAAAUUGAUGCUAGUGAAAUCAUUAAAAGAAGAAAAGCUAUUGGUUUUAAUAACGGCCUUGGUAAAUAAAAAUCUCGGUCGAAAAUUUAUCGAAUCGUCUAUUGUAACAUUAUCCGACACGUACCAAGAUAUAUCACACAAUACACCUUUAAUAUUUAUACUGAGCACGGGUUGUGAUCCUUUUGGAUCAUUUAUUAGGUUUGCCGGCGAAAUGGGAUUUAUCGACAAGUACAGUUCAAUAUCGUUGGGUCAAGGGCAAGGACCAAUUGCUGAGAAACUUAUCAAAGACGGUCGUGUUAAAGGUCACUGGAUUUUUUUACAAAACUGUCAUUUGGCAACGUCGUGGAUGCCGACGCUCGAGAAAUUAGUCUCUGAAAUCACCGAUGAAAGUGUCGAGGUCCAUAGAGACUUUCGGCUUUUCUUAAGUUCGAUGCCUAGCGAUGCUUUUCCUAUUUCUAUACUCGAAAAUUCUGUUAAAAUUACGAAUGAACCGCCCAAAGGCUUGAAAGCUAAUAUCAAGCGAAUGCUUUUUGAUUUGAGCCAAGAAUUUUUUGAACACGAUGGAGACAAUUGGCGGGUCAUGAUAUUCGGAAUAUGUUUUUUUCAUUCAAUUAUACAAGAAAGAAAAAAGUACGGGCCAUUAGGCUGGAAUAUAUUAUACGAAUUCACGGAUAACGACCGCGAGUGCUGUCUAUCGAAUUUAAAAAUAUUUACUGAGAAUGAAUUAAUACCUUGGAACGCAUUGGUGUAUACUACCGGUGAAAUUACAUACGGAGGCAGAAUUACAGAUAACUGGGAUUUGCGCUGCUUGAAAACUAUUCUCGACAACUUUUUUUCACCAAAAAUAUUUAACAAAGAUUACAUUUAUUCGCCCUCUGGAGUAUAUUACUGUCCGAGAUUAAAAACUUUGGAGGAGUAUAAAAAUUUUGUAGAAACUUUUCCUAUUAUUGAUGAGCCUGAAAUUUUUGGAAUGCAUGAAAAUGCAAAUAUAACUUAUCAGUUGCGCGAGUCACAAUUAGUGAUAAAUACAAUAGCACAAAUUCAGCCAACAGUUGAUGCAAACAUUGAAAGCAAAUCAAACUCGGAAAUAGUUUACGAUACUGCGCAAAUAAUUAUGAAUCAAAUUGAGCUCAAUAUUGAUUCGGAGAAAUGCAAUAAAAAUCACUACAAAAAAGAUUCAACGGGAAGAGUUCCUUCACUAACAACAGUCUUAUUACAUGAAAUUGAUCGAUACAAUAAAUUAUUAAAAAAUAUUCACGCAUCAAUGGAAAAUUUACAACGCGCUAUUAAAGGAUUUGUCGUUAUGUCAGACGAAUUAGAGAAUGUUUUCAAUUCAUUAUUAAAUAAUCAAGUCCCGAAGGUAUGGCAUGAUCUGCACGUUUAUCCAUCGCUCAAGUCUUUAGGCAGUUGGAUAAGAGAUCUUGAACUUAGAACGGAUUUUAUAAAAAGCUGGUUAACAAACGAACCGGUUUCUUACUGGCUAUCCGGGCUUUCAUUUCCUCAAGGAUUCAUUACCGCAGUGCUCCAAACCCAUGCAAGGAAAUAUAAUAUUCCUAUUGAUCAGCUCAAGCUGGAUUAUGCGGUAACUAAGACGCUUUUAUAUCAAGAUGAAAUCCAGAAUGCUCACACAAUUAAUCAACAGGAUCAUUUACUGUAUAAAAAUCUUUCAAUACCAAACGACGGAGUUUUGAUUCAUGGUUUGUAUUUAGACGCAGCAAAGUGGAAUAUUAAUUCAAUGCUUCUUGUUGACGCUUCACUAGGCAAAAUAAACCCUCCAUUACCAGUAACCCACGUAAUACCCGUGCUAACUCAUCCAGAAAAUGAUCAACGGUACAUUUGUCCGCUUUAUAAGACCGCUGUUCGUGCUGGGGUACUAUCAACCACUGGACACAGUACUAAUUUUGUUACUCCCAUCUUGCUGCCUUCAUCCCAAAAAAAUUCUUAUUGGAUCCUCAAAGGGACUGCGCUUUUAAUACAAAUUACUGAUUGAUUAAUUUUUACUCCAAUAAAAAAAUUUACUUUAAUUA